AUGACUUAUUCGCAUGUGGUUGAAGAGGAUUUCGUAGGAUUGGAGAAUGAUGUGAAGGAAUUGGUAGGACAUCUGGUGAAUGAAGGCACAGAUAAUUAUCAAACGGUUUGCAUAUGUGGUAUGGGUGGUUUGGGCAAGACCACCCUUGCUCAAAAAGUCUACAACCACAACGAUGCGAAGUGUCACUUUGAUUAUCUUGUUUGGGCUUGUAUUUCUCAGCAACCCCAGAAACAAGAUGUUUUGCAAGGGAUCCUUAUUAAACUUCUUCCCAAGAAGGAGGAGGAGGAGAUUCGCCGUAUGAGAGAUGAGGAAUUAACUAGGCAGCUCCAUCAAGUCCAACUUGAUAAAAGAUGCUUAAUAAUUCUUGAAAUUUGGGAACAGGGGGAUUGGGACAUCUUGAAAUUUGCAUUUCCGAUUGGAGAAUCGACACGCAGCAAAAUAUUACUCACCACCCGUAAUAAACAAUUGGCUUCAUAUGUGAAUCCACGUGGAUUCCUCCAUGAACCACGGCUAUUGAAUGACGGUGAAGCUUGGGAACUGCUUCAAAAGAAAGCAUUUAGAAGAGCACACGGUUCAUCAGACAAUAGACCUGACAAAAAGAUUGAGGAGUUGGGGAUCAAAAUGGUUAGACAUUGUGAAGGUCUACCAUUAGCUGUUGUUGUGCUUGGAGGUAUUUUGGUAACCAAACAUACAGAGGAGGAGUGGGAGAAGGUGCAUAGGAAUAUUAAUUCACACAUAAGUAAGGGUACAAGUGUGGGGCAUGAAGAUGGAGGAGUAUCACAAGUGUUGGCUUUAAGUUACGAUGACUUACCAUAUCAGUUGAAGCGAUGCUUUCUCUAUUUAGGCAGCUUUCCGGAGGAUUCUGGGAUUGAAUUAGAGAAAUUAUAUGAAUUGUGGAUAGCCGAAGACUUGAUAUUGUCAAGUGACACAGAAGGAGAAGACACAAUGAUGGACGUUGCAGAGCGUUACUUGAGUGAAUUGGCAAAUAGGUACAUGGUUCACUUGGGAGUAGAGUCCAUGGGAUCUAGAUUUGAAAGCUUUAAAUAUUGCAGGCUUCACGACAUGAUGCGAGAAUUAAGCAAGUCUAGAAGUAAAGAAGAAAUUUUUUUCAAUGUGAUUGAUUCUGAGAAAAUUUCAUCAUCAUCAUCAUCAUCAAAUAGGAGGAGGAGCAUUAUGGACCAUGGUGAUUGGCUUUCAACUCAGUACUACCUUCUGUCGUUGCUUUUAUUCGGAGGAUAUGAUUGGAGGCCAUGGAUAAUAAAUUCAUGGCAUUGGAAAGACUUGAAGGUGUCGAGAGUUGUUCAUCUUGAAGUGAGGGGACUUAGAAAGUUACCCAAAGCAAUUGGAAAGUUAAUCCAUUUGAGAUACUUGAGUUUAAAAGGUUGUGAAGGACUCAAAUCGUUGCCAUCAUCUAUAGGCAACUUGAGAUGCUUGCAAACCCUAGAUUUAAGGGAUAAUUAUCGUAUGAGAAUACCAAAUGUGUUAUGGAAGACAAAAAGCUUGACACAACUGUAUCUUUGUGAAAGUGCAAGCUGGAGAAAAACCAAAGGAAAAAAGAUGAGAUUGUCAGGGUUGGGCAAGCUGGAGAUCCUGGAAAAUUUCGAUUCAAGUAGGUGUGAUGUUAAAGAAAUCUUAGGAAACUCAAAGCAUGUAUUGUUGGUGACGACGUGGUGGCGGCCGACUUCGUCAAUUAUCGUGGUAAGUUACCUGCAACACAUCUCCUGGUUGUUUGAAGCCAUUGAGGGAGUGGGAAUGGUUUGCUCUGAGGAGGGUUUCCCUCAACUCAAAUUUCUACGUCUUUGUUAUUUAUCCAAGUUGGAGGAGUGGUGGGUGGAUGAAGUAGCCAUGCCCAAUCUUUUUUAAUUACAAUUUCCUCUAUUACAAUGACAACCUCUUAUGCCCUAAGACAAGUCUUUGGGUUCUCCUGAACUUGGGACUUGUACCCUAAAGCUCUUCCAAAAUUACUUGAAUAAUAAUUCAGCUAGCCCUAUAAUAAAAAAUUACUCUGCACUUCACCUUCAUCUUCCUCUGUGUCAAUAUCAAUAUGUCUUAUCUCUAUGAAAUAUUGAAUUAUAAAUACUAAGUACGUAGUAUUAACUAUUAAUAAUGAAAACCUAUAUUGGUUUUAAACUUUUUUGACUAGUGAUUCUUGGGCCCCCAGUGUCGAAGUGAAUUGGAUGACCUAUAAAUUUUGAUUGGUUAGAUUUAGACAUCAUCUGUUAAUGUUCUUAACUAAACAAAAAUCGGACGAAGCCUCAAUCCAGAUU